AUGGCUUCUGCUCAAGCAAUCCGGGGGCUCAAAGCAACAUUGAACUCUAGCGGUCGAUUCAAGUACAAGGGACCAGAAGCCGCGGUCGACUUCUUGGUGUGUUUCUCAGGUGUUGUUGGCUUGGCUAUAGCUCAACGACUAACACUGAGGUUUCCCAACAAAACCGUCUACUUGGUUGAGAGACAUUCUCGUGCUGGUGAAGAAACGAGUUCCCGGAACUCCGAGGUUAUUCAUGCUGGGCUAUAUUAUCCUCCAAAUUCCCUGAAGACAAGACUAUGUUUGCGUGGGCGCCACCUCAUGUACGAGCGUUGCAACGCUAUGAAUAUUCCCUUCAAGAAGACUGGGAAACUAGUUGUUGCACACAAGGAUCAAAUUCCCUACAUAGAAGGCUUAUUACACAAGUCUCAGCAAUUAUCAUGGCCUCUCCAUUCUUCCAUUGGUAGCCUCAGUGAAGCAGCUCUCCCUACCAAGAUCAUUAGUGGCGACGAGGCUCGGGAAAUGGAACCUGACCUGUCGAAGGAUAUCGCUGCCGCACUGUGGAGCCCUGAGACCGGAAUUGUCGAUUCUCAUGCAUUAAUGGACAGCCUGGAGAAGGACAUAGCUGAGUCAGAAAACGGAGAGUUGGUCUAUUCUACCGACGUCGUGCGGGUGGACCCAUGUAAAUCCGGUGGAUCCAUUUUAGGAGAAGAAGCUGGUUGGAUUGUGCAGACUGUCACCAACGGCGCAGAAGAGAGUGAUGCCAUGUUGGCUAGGACACUUAUCAACGCUUCCGGGCUAUCUUCAAACCUCAUUCUGAACUCUCUUCUCUCGGAACAGUAUCGUGUACCCAUGUUCUUUGGGAAAGGAUCCUAUGCAACAUACAGCGGACCGGGAGUUUCGCGCGUCAGUCACCUCAUUUAUCCGUGUCCAGACACUAGAGGCAGCAAACACGCCUUCCAGUCGCUGGGUACCCAUCUUACACUCGAUCUCGACGGCAAAGUGCGCUUUGGACCGGACCUUGAGUGGUUACCCCCACCCGCGGAUGAAUCCGACGGCAGUUUCUGGCGAAAGCACUUGAUCCCCAGCAACGCUCGUAUGAGGGACAUGUACGAAGCUGUCAAGUUUUACCUGACAGACGUUACAUUCGAAGGCUUCUCCGCCGAUUACGCUGGGAUAAGGCCCAAGCUUGCGACCUCCGGAUUCCAGGAUUUUGUCAUUCGCUCAGAUUUCGCCGACGGAAACAACCGCGGGCGCAUGGUGUCAUUGAUGGGGAUAGAAAGUCCAGGGCUAACAUCUAGUCUUGCAAUUGCAGAACAUAUCAUGGAGGAUGUACUUGGAUUGCACGGUAGCCAAUAGAUUAUAGACUCGACACAUUGCGAGGUUUCUAUGCUGUCGUAUCUCUUUGUCUGACCUGAGGCUCCCAAGCUCUAAUCUUCGGAACGACAGUGUUAUAAGGGCGAUAUGCUCCCCGAGUGCCA